AUGUUUAGCUGGCUCUACACCGGAAAGAUCCCUAAGGAUAAUGAUGGCUGGCUGCACGUUGCAGAAGUGAAAGGAAUGUCCGAAGAUCAUGGAUCGCAAGACGAAGCAGUUGAGCUUGCACAAUUGAAAGCAAUUGUAUUCGGCGACCGCUUUCUCGCCUUCAGCUUUCAGGCAGCCGUCCAGAAGCGACUCGUGAAGGCGCUCGUCAACAUCAAUAACCCUGCGUGGUACGCAUCUGUCUUGUACACCUAUGCGAACAUGACCAAAGAUAAUCCGACCCUCGAUCUGCUUGCAGGAUUACAAUUUCGAUUUUGGGAUGAAGAGACAGAUGAUGCCCACCCCAAGGAGCUAACAUUGAGGCCGGGGCUACCCAAUGAUCUUCUAGUGCGUGUGAUGAAGAAGUUUGCCGCACACCGAGGAAAAUCUAGAUCUAGAUCGCAGGAUUUGGAUCAUUCGGAUUAUCAUGUUCGUUCUCGCGAUUAG